CCGGCUCUUGUUAACCUCCUUGGCUGGUUGGCUCCGGCUUUUACCUCUACUGAAACACAAAAACCAGGAACUUUGUUUAAUAUUAAUAUUUUUUUAUUUAUUUGGAAGUUAAAUCUUUCUUAUAUAUGUAUUUGUCAGCAGUAAAAGCAAUAGACCCUGGUUUUCUAUGUUAGUUGUGUCUAAAGAAAUGCAACAUUAAUAUAACAAGGAAAGGUUUUACUGCACAUCUAAAAGCAACAAGAGUGAGUGUGAUCCCUAUGUAUGUAGUGGACCGCGCACACACAAGGAAGAGAAGACUGGCGGACACAUUAACUCACGACAAUAAAUUAUCCUCGUUCUACAAUGUCUUUUUGUGAAAUAAGAAAUGUUGUGGAACAUUUGAGAGUACUUUGUUUUCCAAGGAUGGUGUCACUGGAGAAUUUCUCAACACCCAACUUCCAACUUGUGAGUGAAAUUCUCCUGUGGCUGAUGACGACCGUGGACAGUGAUCACGACCACUCCACCGCCAUUGACUCUCAACAGGACCGUGUUUUUUUUAUCCGCUUGGCUGCUUUGUUUUUUUAUAAAAAAUUAGGAGUACAGUUGAACAUGGUGAGGCUGUAUGGUGCAGAUAAGCUGGCAGCACGAGAGUUACUGAAGAUCACAAACUGUCUCUACGAAGCUUCACAGGCAGCCAUACACCCCAGGAUAGACAGUGAAGAUCGACCUGAAAUCAGUGGUACUUCACCUGUUGUAUCAGUCAAGGAACUUCGUGAAGCUCGUCAGCUUGCAUCCAGCAUCAUCAUGGAUGCCGCCUCUCUCUGUGACUCCCUUCGGAAGGAAUGUGAUGAUAAGAUAAAGCGAACAGCAGCACUGGAUCAGGCAUUAGAUCUGGACUCCAUGGAGGCAUCAGUUGUGGCUGCUCUGCAUGCUCUGGCCUCCACUGUGACAGAAAUCAAGGAGGCCACUGAAUGCCUCGUAAGACAACAAGAAGAGGUUGUGGAGAAGAUGCACAAGAAGAACGACUCUUUAAUGAGGAACCAGAAGAGGUUGGAGGCCCUUAUGAAGAUUAAACCAGCCUGGCAAACAGAAUUUGAUCAAGAAGAGGCAGAGCUACGGACGAUGUGGGACGAGUACAUCACCAAACACAAGAACUUAGAGUACCUUGAACAGCAGCUAGACCAGCUGGAGAAGCAGCAGUGGCAGCGACUACAACAACAGCUGGAUACAGCAACUAGAAGGGGCACUGAGGCAGCCAUUAUUGGUAUAUCAGCACCAAGAGCAACUAAAUCCAAUGUCCAGGAAACCUUAGCAACAAGCUGCCGUGUGUUUGGUAGUAUGACGGGGGAAAAUUUAGGAUCAUCGGACGACUCGGACUCCAUAGACUCCAUCCUGGUUGAUUCAGGAAGUGAAGGUGACAGUUUAACUCUCAUGUCAGCAGCACCACAAGAAGCUUCUGUUGUAUCUGAAGGACCAUUAAAAGGAGCUCCAAUAUUGAAGACACAGCCGGUAGAUUCUCCAUCAAUGAGGCCAGCUUCUACAAGACCAUCACUUCCUCACUCUCCUUCAGCUCGACCCAAAUCCAGCCAAAUGGGUCCGAGGGAAAGUAGUUUAACAGCCUGGACGGGUGUAAGAGGCAGUGGACGAGUGUCUCCCUUGUCGGCUUCAGAAGAUAACAGUGAUGAUGCUUUUUAGAUCAUAGACUAAGGACAUUAAGCUUAUUUUUAUACAGUAGGUGUUUUCAUACAUGUUACCUGUUGGCCUCUCUGAUUAAUACUGUAGGUGUCUCUGUUUUCAUAUAUUUUACCUGUUGGCCUCUGAUUAACACUGUAGGUAUCUCUGUUUUCCUGUAUCUGUUAACCUCUGGUAUAUGCAGUACUGUAGGUGCCUUUCAAGUCUUACCAAAAGUACAAAAUAUGUGUAAAAAUAUUGUAGUAUACUAAAAAUGGAUCUUCCUUCUAAAACUCAAGAUGCCAAAUGUCUUGCAGGUGAUUGUUUUUUCUAUAACUAAAUUUUUUUGUUUAUCAUUAGAUUAAGCAAAAGGAGAACACAUAUAUUUUUUAAAUUAUGUAAUGUACAGUACGACUAGUCAUGGCUUGUCUGUACAUUGGUUUAAAAUAAAUAAAUCAAUAGUAAAUCUGACUCCCAGUAAGUAUAGACAUUAUUUGACUGCAAUACUUAAUGUCAGGCUGAGAGCUCUACAAGGUCUAAUAUGGAGAAAGUUUUAAGUUUAGUUGUGACACUUUAUAUCACCUUUACUCUCACCAUAUAAUUAAUACAUACCAUAAACUACCAUAAGAAUAUAUUGUGUUGAAAAUUAAUUAAGUUAAAUAAAACUUUUUGGAUUUCAUGAAGAUUGGGCGCCCUGCUUAUUUUACUUGAUAAUUGAAAGCCAAAAUGCUUACCUUGCCAAACCAAACUUAACGGACCCUUGAUAUAAUGGAGUUUCACCUCAAUAUACAGUAGUUCGUUAAAUAGAGGUUUCGUUGUACACCCCAUAAAAAAUUAUUCGUCAGCCGUGUCAUAUUGUAUCACGCCGUAAAGGUGCCGAAUAAUUUUUUAAUGUAUGAGUUGGAAAUGCCUGAGUAAUGCCUGAGUACUGACCCAAACUGUCAUACAGCACUAAGACAGGUUUGUGAUGAACAGUACGAGGAGCUAAAAUAUACCCUGAUACUCCUCCACAGAUCAAUUCAUGAAGUAAUUUUUCCAACAUUAUAAAUCGCACAGAAACGGUGAGGAAAACAGACUUUUAAACCAAACCAUUUAUUCUUUACUAUUAAUAAAUAUUUUUUUUUU